GAGUAAAGAAGAGGCCUCAGCACACAUCCCUGUGGUACGCUGGUGUUCAGAGUGAUGGUCUGUUGUUUAGGAAGUCCAGAAUCCAAUUACAGAGGGAGGAUGCAGAUAUACACAGGAAGUGGGCUGCCUUCGCAGGCUGUAUAUAACUCAGUCAGAGGAGCGCUGAAUCUACAGGCCAGAAGCUACUGAAUCUACAGGCCAGAGCAACUGGACAGACUUUGAUACCAUCUUCAGCGACCUGCAGCAUCCGAAGCUCAAACUCAGACAGUGGAAUCAUGGCCACAACACAAGGCCCCCACACAUCACAGAUCUUUAAGACUGUGCUGGUGUUGGCCUUGGCUCAUAUGCUGCUGGUGGAUGGUGUCUACGCAGAGAAGAUAAGGCUAACGGUCAACAACGCCCCUCCCAGACAAUCUUAUCAAAUCUCAAAAUCUCUAAAUGACAGGUCUCUUUCACCAUGGGAAAGCAUCACCACAUCGGACAUCAACAGGAUCCCAAAGUUCAUCAGUGAGGUGCGGUGUCUGAAGCAGGGCUGCAUCUGGCCCAACGGGUCGGAGGACCAGGGCCUUGCGUCUGUGCCCAUCCAGCUCGAAGUGCUGGUUCUGAAAAGGUCCGGCAGAGGUCAACGGAAAGGGAAACGGAGGUCUUCAACGAUAUUGUACCAGCCGAGUUACCAGGUCAUCACUGUGGGCUGCACGUGUGUCCGGCCCAUUGUUACCGAGAUGACGGACUGAGACGAAUCGUCUGGGAAAUGCCAGCUCACCAUUUUGUGGUGAAUCAGCAGAACUGUAGCCUCAAAGCAUGGGGAUGAAGAGGUUUUGAUACUAUCAUUUAUUGGACAUUAAUUAUAUUAUUUAUAUUUAUACUUUGAACUUCUGAAUAUGUUGACCCUUCCCUGUGAGAGCCGGGUUACUUGUAAUUAUGACCGCCGCGCAGCGAAGUGGCGGUCAUAUAGGUUUAGUCAGAUUUUUUUUUUUCUUUUUUCUUU